ACGAGAAAUUAGGUAUAGACAUAGCAACACAACACUGCUUGUCUGCCUCCAUCAGCAUCUCCCUUUUGCUAUUCCUUCGCUCCUCUGAGAUUACAGCUGCGAUUCCGAUGGCGGCCAUAACCCGCCUCGUUAAACGCACCACUUCCUUUUAUCCCUUAGCGCGUGGAUUCUCCUCCUCCUCAUAUUCUCACGCGUCACCGCGUGAAAACAGGAAUAUUCAGUGGGUUUUCUUAGGCUGUCCCGGCGUUGGUAAAGGCACCUACGCCAGCCGCCUCUGUAACCUCCUCGGUGUUCCUCACAUCGCUACCGGAGAUCUUGUUCGCCAUGAGCUUUCCUCCAAUGGCCCCCUUUCUUCCCAGCUAUCAGAAAUCGUAAAUCAAGGCCAAUUAGUGUCAGAUGAAAUUAUUAUGAGCUUGUUGUCUAAGAGACUGGCUGAAGGACAAGCCAAAGGUGAAUCAGGUUUCAUUCUUGAUGGUUUUCCUCGAACAAUAAAGCAAGCAGAAAUAUUGGAAGGGGUGACAGACAUUGACUUGGUGGUCAAUCUGAAGAUCCGAGAAGAAGCACUGCUUGCAAAAUGCCUUGGUAGGAGAACUUGCAGUCAGUGUGGAGGAAAUUUUAAUGUUGCCUCCAUUAACAUCAAGGGUGAGAAUGGGUGCCCUGGAAUUAGUAUGGAUCCCCUGCUUCCUCCUGAGCAUUGCAUGUCCAAGCUCAUCACUCGUUCUGAUGAUACUGAACCAGUAGUCAAAGAAAGGCUUCGUAUAUACAAUGAAUUGAGUCAACCUGUGGAGGGAUUUUACCGUAGCAGAGGAAAACUAAUGGAGUUUGAGCUUCCUGGAGGGAUCCCGGAAUCUUGGCCAAAGUUGUUGCAUGCUCUUAAUCUAGAUGAUGAAGAGAAGCAGUCUGCUGCAGCAUAAGAUAUAAAAGUGUACCGUAUAAUUAUGUAUUUCAUUCUUUGCAUGUGUAUACUGCAUGCUAUACAAUUUUGCAGGAAAUAGAACCAGGGAAGGUUGGCUUCUCGAAUUGGUAUUAUUUUGAUAAAUAAUGUUAUAAGGAAGUGUCAUAAUCUGAUCAAACUUAUAUCCUAUUUGGAUUUUCUUUUUGUUUCUUUAAUUUUUUUUUAUUUCAGUUAUAUACUAGUGUUUUUUAAUGUUGGUAUCAGAGUUUCUGAUAUAGUUUUUACAUAAAUGUUUGUUUACUGUUUCAGCAAUAAUGCCAACAGGAUUGGCACAAUCACUUUAUUGUAAGUUGUAACUGAAUUAUAUUGAACUAAUAUUAUGUUCAAGGUAUUUACAAAA